UACCUAAGCUUCUUUACUCCUUUUUUUUUUGUAAUUUAAUUUUUGGUUCUAUCCUUGUUGUCUCUAUUAAGUUAUUAACGCUCAUCUUUCACCUCAAUCCAAAGCUCCAAAUCGAAGCAAUCUUCUUCACUCUCCUACAAACCCUAAUUCGAUGCAAUUGCUGCAAUCUCCACCUUAACCAUCCAUGGAUCCGUAAAAUCUCUGUAAAACUCACAAAUAGGUGUUUCAAAUUCGAACAGGAAAAAAAAAAUGCCGAGCGUUGGUGUGAAGCUCUACAGUGUCUUCUUCAAGUUCCUUUUGAAACACCGUUUACAGAACCGGAUUUCCGGUAAGGCUCGAAAUCUCAACAACCUCGCCGGAUCGGAUCUUCUUAUUAGGAGAAACAGCUUAGGUUCGUCUAAUUCGUUGUUGUCUCACAAGGUAGAAUCUAGGAGGAACAGUUACGGUUGCACCACCACUGGUUCGUCCUCCCCUGAAGCAGGAUCCUCCUCAGACGUGUACAGAGGAUACUCACCGUCGUCGUCGGGUGGAAACUCUAGAAAACUUCCUGUGAUGUUGCAGUUCCACGGUGGUGGAUGGGUGAGUGGAAGUAACGACUCAGUGGCUAAUGAUUUCUUUUGUAGAAGAAUGGCCAAGCAUUGUGAUAUCAUUGUCUUGGCCGUCGGGUACAGGCUUGCACCUGAGAACCGGUAUCCAGCGGCGUAUGAGGACGGGUUCAAGGUGUUGAAAUGGCUGGGGAAGCAGGCGAAUUUGGCGGAAUGUAAUAAGUCCAUGGGGAAUUCGCGGCGACCCGGAGGGGAGGUGAAGAAAUCAGAAGUUAAUAAGCAUAUCGUUGAUGCUUUUGGUGCAUCAUUGGUUGAGCCUUGGCUCGCAACUCAUGCUGAUCCCUCGAGAUGUGUGCUUCUUGGUGUGAGCUGUGGUGCCAACAUAGCAGACUACGUAGCACGCAAAGCCAUUGAAGUUGGUCAAAAUCUAGACCCUGUCAAGGUUGUGGCUCAAGUCCUAAUGUACCCGUUCUUUAUCGGUAGUGUUCCCACACAGUCUGAGAUCAAACAAGCAAACUCAUACUUCUACGACAAAGCCAUGUGCAUUCUCGCAUGGAAGCUUUUCUUGUCAGAAGAAGAAUUCAGCUUGGACCACCCGGCAGCAAACCCGCUCGUUCCAGGCCGAGGUCCACCUCUCAAAUUUAUGCCACCAACACUAACUAUUGUAGCAGAGCAUGACUGGAUGAGAGACCGGGCCAUUGCUUACUCAGAAGAGUUAAGGAAAGUAAAUGUAGAUGCUCCCGUGCUAGAGUACAAAGAUGCGGUUCACGAGUUUGCAACCCUCGACAUGCUUCUUAGGACUCCGCAAGCUCAAGCUUGUGCAGAAGAUAUUGCAAUCUGGGUCAAGAAAUACAUCUCACUCCGUGGCCACGAGUUCUCAUACUAGUUGUUCACCGGAAACUCUAUGUGGCAAAAAGAGGUGAACCGAAAGUAAACCGUGUUUUAACGGGUUUUGGUUUCUUCAAGAAGCUAAAAAAGGUGAGCCGAAAGUAAACCGGGACUUUUCGGGUUUUGUUGUUUCUAUCAGGAAGCCAAAAAAAAAAGCCAAGCGAGAGGUUCUCUCUCUCUGAGUAGAGUAGUUUAGACUUUAGAGAGGUGUUACUUUGUGAGAUGGGUCGAGUGGAGACUCUGUUGUCUCGGGGUAUUUCCCGUAUAUUAGUAAAAACUAUAUACAUCCGUUCUUCUUCUUCUCGUUUAUUAAGAGAUCAUGCUUUUGUUUUGUAUAUUAUCGUAACGAUCGUCCAUUUUGGUUAUCCGAACCAAACCAAAUGCAGACCAAAAAGUUUGAUCUGUG